UAAAUGUUCUCUUAUUUUAUUGCAUAAUUCUAAAACGUCACAUAAUUUAAAAAAAUACCGAGGGAGUACUACUUUUUAAUAAUUGCGAUUAGUGAUGAACAAAACAAAUGGAAAAUAAUUAAAGAAGGAGUUUGAUAAGUUAAUUUAACCGUUAAUCAAAGACCGCCGCUAUAUAAAGAGAGACAACAGAGAUAGAGAGAGAGAGCAAGAAGAAGAAGAAGAAGAAGAAGAUGGGGCUACAAGGUCAGCUCAGUGACGUCUCUUCCGACUCGAUCCCUCUGAUGCUCCUCUCUCUCCUCGCCGUCUUCCUCGGUCGUCUCCGCUCCUUCCUCCACCGUCCCUGCGAUCCCGAUUCCAAUCUCUCCGUCGACGACUCCUCCUCCUCCAUCAUAGCCUCGGGACUCGCCAACAUCAUCGUCCUCGCCGAUCAGCUGAGCCUGAACCGUCUCUUCUCGUACCGGUGCGGAGGCGAAGACGGUGGUUCCGAUUGCGUUGUGUGUCUGUCGAAGCUGCGGGAGGGAGAAGAGGUGAGGAAGCUGGAGUGUCGACACGUGUUCCACAAGCGGUGCUUGGAGGGAUGGCUUCACUGUCUCAAUUUCACAUGUCCGCUUUGUAGAUCUGCUUUGGUCGCCGAUGGUUGCGUCUCCAAAACGCAGCGGCGCGUUGGAAGGGAUUUGAUCUCGUGCCUCUCUCCCCACUGAUGCACGCGUGCGCUCGAGAUCAACGGCGGUGAUUCACCCAUCUCCAAUUGUCAUUAUAUGAAAAAAAAGUCGGAGAGAUUACAGUGGCUGACUGGUCUAUUAGACCACGCGCGCCCUUAUUUUCUCGAUUUUCUUUUUUCUUUUUUUUUGGUUUUUUUUUUUUGAGGUUUUGUCGCAUGGAUUUGUAACACCUGAACAUAGACCACAUAAUGUAUAUAGAAGCCUGUUUGAUGUA